AUGGGCAGGUUCGGCGUCACGCGCCUCGCGCUGGCGCCGCCGGCGCUGCUGGCCAUCGUGCGAACCGCCGAGGAAGCGGACGCGGGCGCUGCCGCCCACGUGGCCACGCUCUUGGCGGUGAACUACGGCGGCGCGCCCCUCGCGGCUGACCUCAUUGCGCGCUUCUCGCACACUUUACCCGGCGUAGGCGUUACCCAGUCACAUCAACACACCAGAACUAAACAUUGGAAGCCAAAACUCCUUUCUUCCGAGAAGAAAACACUAGCUAUUCUAGGAGACAAGAGUAUUGACAGUGAGGACCCCUUGGAGCAUGAUGCUACUCAAAACCACUUGAGUUUGGUGAACAAAGAUGAGAACCAGCAAACUAUGGCUGACCUAUUCCAAGAAGUUUUCAAUCCAACAAACAUGGAUGGUGCCAUGAAUUCAAUGAGAUCAACAGGAGCUGGUAACUAUGGAAGAAUGCAACAGAUUAUGCAGAUGGAGAAAGAUUGGCAUGCGGAGUUCUUGAGACGGUAUAGCAGAGAGCAAGGUGAUUUAAAGGGCACUACUGUUCAGAUCAUGUCAAGAUCAUUGGAAGGAAAGCUAACAGUCUGCAGCUGCAUGUUCCAGGAAAAGAGCAAUGAUACUGCUAUAAGUAAUGCCUCAGCAGACAGCACCAUAGAUGAAAGCAGAACUAGGAGGACCAUUAUCUUCAGUCCAAAGAUAUGUGACAAUGUGGAUCUUCUGGUUGGAAACAUAAUUCAUAUCUUCCCACCAUGGUCUCCAACUCUUAAAUUUUGA